UAAUAUCAAAGAUUCAAUUAAACUUACCCUCAAACAAAUUGUUAAUCUCUGGGAAAAUGAGCUGUUUGCACCUUUCGCCACCGUCACUAUUUUUAUUUCCUUUUAUGUUUUUGACAUUUGUCAAUUGGAAGUGCAGCUCUAAUUCAAUUGUUUUAAACAGUGGUGCAAAUACAAGAGAUAUUAAUUAUAAUAUGAUGGUGAUUUCCAUUGAACCGCUUUCAACACAAGAUCAUUUCAUUGGAAAGUGUUAAUCAUUGUGAAAUCAACACUAAAUCACUUCAAUUUGCAGUGCGACGUGACAAAUUGAGUCAAGUGCAAAAACACUUGAAGUAAUCGUACCAUUUAUUUACAGUGUAUCAUCUAGUGCAUUAGAGAUGGAGCUACUAGAAUUGUUUUUAUCUUUAGGAUAAGUAGGGUUAAGUUUUGGAGUGUGACCAAUUUAAAGGUCAAGAUGUUUCUUGUUCAAGUAACACGCCGUAACAUUUCCAACUCAGUGCCAGUGGCUUCAUCAUUUGGCCGUUGGUAUCGUGAUUUCUGGCAGCCGGCACCGGCGAACGAGCCACCGUACGAUCAUGUAACGCAGAUUGGUGAUCCGGUUCUGCGUAAAAAAGCUGAUCCGGUCCCGCCCGAAAUGGCAAAGUCUCCUGAAGUGCAAUAUUUGAUAAAAAGCAUGGUUAACGUGAUGCGAAAGUUUAGCUGUGUAGGUUUAGCCGCACCACAGAUAGGAAUUUCACUGCGAAUACUUGUGAUGGAGUUCAAGGAGAAAUUAAAGGACGAAUAUACGUCUGCCGAGUAUAAGAUUAAGGAAAUGGAAACACUACCACUGACGGUCUUUAUCAAUCCCGAACUAAAAGUACUUAACUACGAGAAAAAAACUUUUCCCGAGGCAUGCCAAAGCGUGCGAGGCUACUCCGGUGAGGUGGCCAGAUACUCGGAAGUGUUAUUACGGGGAGUGGAUGAAAAUGGUUCUGAAAAAGAGCUGGCGCUGAAAGGUUGGAACGCCCGGAUUGCCCAGCAUGAAAUGGACCACUUGGAUGGUAUAGUCUACACGGAUUUAAUGAAACGAAAUACAUUCACGUGUACCUGUUGGCAAGCGGUAAAUGAAAAACGUGGUAGGGUGAGUAUAUUCUUCCACAAAAAAAUGAUAAACUAGGCGAAGGGACUGAUUUGAAUUAGAAAAAAAUAUUGAGUUACAUCGUAAAUGUUUUAUAGAGAAAAUACCUUCAGGGAACUCUUCCAGAACAACAUGGUAUUACUCGAAGUUUCCUUUCCUUUAAAUUAUUCAGAUCGAUUUUGAUUUGGUUAUCUAACUCCAUCGCCAUCUACCUAUUCGUGAUACAUGUUGCAAUAAUUUUAUGAGUUUUGUAUAAACCUCUAGACUAUAAAACUGGGUAGGUAUUGGUAGAGCGACGUUUUUUCGCCAAAAUUUUUAUUUGAUAAACACUAGAGCAGCAUUUUAGUUGCAAUGAACGUGCUACAAUGUAAAAUUUAAAAAUGGAAAGCUAAUAGAAUGUGUUAUCGCUCUCUCAGUCAAAGCUGUAAAUUAUCUUUUAGGUACAUUUCUUUCGUAAGCCUGUAUUUUAUAUAAAGAAGUAUAAUUUCGAACAACUUUGUAUGACAAACUUGAAGUCCUUUGGUAGUACCUAGGUAGUAGCUGUGUAAGCACAAUAUCAAUACAAUUAUCAGUGAAUUAUUACACUAGUCAACAAGAUAACAAAAAGUGAAUUCCAAACUCAAACCGGAAAAAAUGAAAGAUUAUAGCUAUUCAACAAUUCCUAUGAGUUUUGGUGCCCCUGUGUUGACCAGUGUUAUCAUCGCGAUGUUUUGAUUUAAUUUAACCCAUUCACAUGCAUGCAUUUUUUUAAACGAUGAAACUUUUUAAUACUGUUAGAGAACAGAUCGAUCUUCAAUUUUUUUUGUGCCAAUUGUGACCUUCAAGGUCCUUUUCGAGCUAAAAACUGAUUUCUUUCCCCGGGAAAGGGUGAAAAGGUCUGAAAUGCAAGAUUUUUAAAGCUUGUGAAUAAAUUUUUGAUGACAACAGAGAACGGGGCUGGGCUAUUACCAUACGAAAGAGAAAUAAAGAUUAAUUUUUGCUGUAAUAUAUUUUCCGUAUUUUUACCGUUAAACAUACUGAUACAUUUUUUUUCAAAUACGCUUUGUCCAGUUAUACUCUAAUAAGCAUCAUCAGUUGAUUUCUGUUUCUCUUCUACUAACUCUGUGUGUUUAGAUUUCAUUUUUUUUCAUAAUGCGGUUGUUCAAUUUUUGUCACGAACAACAGUUAAAACUAUAUCGUAAUAUUUACGGGUGCAUUAAGGACAAUUCCUGCUAGAAUUCAACAGAAAU